GGCAAGAAAAAAGCUCUUAAAAACAUUCUCUAGGUUUUUCUGAAUCACAGAGAAGUAUCACCUCUCUAUCUGGAUCAUGUGGAGGGGGAAGAAUAUGAUGGAGAAAUUGUUGAAGUUAAUGAUGGAUGUCCUUUUCCUGUGGACCUAAAAUUGGCACCAAACAGACCAACGGAAGCUCAAGAAAGUGAAGAUGAUCAAAUAGAAAUUAUCAGUUUACAUGAAGAGGAUGUUAAAAAGAAAAUUGCUUUGCCUGACUUAUCUCCAAGCCAAGCUGAUUUAUUUAAAAAAGAGGAGGAACUUCGACAAGGCCUUUCUUUCCCAUAUCUCUCUGAGUCCACAAAUCAUAGCUGAUAAAGAACCUUCAAGACUUUCAGAUGUGAUUGCAAUUACAAGUCUAAUACAACAAUUAGACCUAGACAAAGUAGUUGAGAUAAGCAUAGAUGAUUUAUCAAAGGACACAAAACAAGUUAGUUCAACUCCAGCAUGGACAGAUGUUUCACCAAAGCCUGAGCCUUCCCCAAAACCUCUUCAACAAAAUAAAAUGUCUGAUUUACUAAAGGACAAAACAGAUAGUUCAAAAUUAUCACAGAUGGAUGUGUCCCAAGAGCCUCUUCCACAAAGAAAGAAGUUUGAUAUGUUGGAAGAUGGAAGAGAAGGUCAGGGAAAACGUGCCUCAGCACCAAAGACAUGCCCUGCAAAAAAGAUCACUCUAUCUCCAUUUCCUAAGAAAGCUGUAGAGCAAUUUUUUCCAAUGGAAAAAAAGCAGACUUCCUCCUUAAUGAGCUUUGGUUUAAAGCUGCAAGUGAAAACGCCUCCACUGGACAGAAAGAACUGCUUCAGGACCAGGCAUUUUCCUCCAUUAAGUAAAUUCUCUGCAGAAAAGGAAAGUGAAUUAUCAUCCAAGUUACAGAGUCAGCAAGAGAGAUAUUUUACUUCUGUGACCAGUCCCUUUAAUAGAAAAAAGGAGAUAUACCCAGGGUUUAUGCGUGUUGUCAAUGCUUGGACCAUUUCGCCAGUGCCAAAAAUGCAGGAUCACAAUUUACCUCCAGGAAAAAUUUUCAUGCCACACAAGCCAAGACGUACGACAGUUAAAAAGCCAUUCAAAUGAUAAUUCUUCUUAGCUUAUAUCACUAGAUUUGCUGUAUUCUGAUGAAGUAUAAACUAUUAAACAAAAGCUUUUAGAUGUGAUUGUGAAAGAA